GUAUUGGGUCCGUGACGACCAGCGAAUCCCAGGUGUUAUAUGUCUUUUCGUCUCUUUCCAUUCUUUUGCUAUUCUCCUGCUCCUCUUGUUAGUUCCUUCUGGUCUCCCCUUUCUUUGUUUUUUCUUUUUUCUGUCCCUUUCUGGCCACUGCAUACAGUCUGUUACCAGACCAUGAGCACGAGAAAUGCUGAGACUUUCAGUCAAGAAGGCGAAAAAGAGAAGAGAGGAGGGAAUACGCGAGAUGGCGUCAAACAUGGAAAAAGGAUGAAGAAGGAUCAGCCACUUUUCUUCCGACACCGACGAAGGGAGGUAUCCAGGUAGGCUACCAUGAACAACGCUGAGGCCAGGCGAUACGCCAUUUCAAGCCCAGAAGAGCGUCUUCUAGGCGCCCUCUGAAAGUUUGGGGACACGGGUAACGGCAGUGCAAGCCAGCCCACACGACAAAAGAAGAAACUCGUUUUUUUCUUCCUGUUCUUCGGGCGGUUAGGUAUGAAAUCUCAUCCACACUCGGAAGAAUUCGUCCGUAAUGCGUAAAAAGAUAUCUCCGGCAUUGACUGUAUACUUGUGCGUGGACGGAUGUAGGAGGCGUCCAAGGAGCUGAGCACCGUAUUGACCUGAAUGUGAGGCGGAAUGGAUGGCGGACGUGGCGUGGACCACCAGGGUUCCGGGCUGCGAAACGAAAAAGAAGAAGGAAGCAAGAAGCGUGCCUCGGUGGUCACGACACCAAAUAGUUCCGGGGGAGGCGUCUGCAGAGUUGCGGGAGCUGUGUAUGGCGUUCUGCAAGUAAAUAGGUAGAAGUAUUCAUUUAAUAAUGGAAUGGGGGGAGUGGGGUUUUCGUCUUGGCUCCUGUCUCUGGUAAUUGUUUGCUGUUGAUUAGUCGUUGAAUCGAUAUGAUAGCGACGCAGGCAUUUGCCAUGACAUAUAAAGUUGGAAAGUUGAGUACUGUAUGUACAAACGAGAGAAAGGAUCGUUCAACGUGAGGUGUUGAAGAGAGAUUUGAGACGGCGGCCGACGGCCCUGGGGAUCACCGAGGUGAACAGCAGCAGUUCAGAGUGGAGCAAAAGACCCCUAGAAUAUGGUCUCUUGGCAUUCGAUUUUCGGAAGCAUCCAUCCCAGGCAAUGUUUUAAACUUUUUAAUACACGGCUGUCCUUCGGGCUCUUCCUUUUCUCUCUCGCUUUAGCAGUAAUGUCGCCUAAUGCUUCAGGUUGAGCCUGGCCCUCAGCUCAGACUGAUAACACACGGCUGUCCUUCGGGCUCUUCCUUUUCUCUCUCGCUUUAGCAGUAAUGUCGCCUAAUGCUUCAGGUUGAGCCUGGCCCUCAGCUCGGACUGAUAACAAGAAUCAAAGAAUAACAGAAAAGGGCUGUAAGAGUCGAAGACAAAAGGCGAGGAUGACCUGGACCCUGAAUGUCUGCACUUGCAAGUAAUCAUUCGUUCAUUCAAAUUCAUUUCCAGGUACCGGAUCAGCCCAUGGAAGUUUUUUUUUUCCCUUUACCCCUGACUAGUAACAUGACUGGAUGGUGACACCCAAAGGAACCUAGGAACACCCUUCUCUUCCCAGAGCCCCGUGAUUUGUUUGUGGUGUCAUUAAUCCCGUGUUGGAAUGUGAUAGGGCCAAAGGCCAUGGCAUGGUUGUUGAAAGAAAAGAUCUCUUCACCAUAACGGCGGGAUCUUACAUCAACUUGUAUAUUGGAAUUCCUGAUUCCUGCGGUUUAUAAGAUGAGAUAUGCGGUACAUAGCCGCCAAAGGUAAGGACCCAUCCGUCGUACUGUCGUGGGUUGUGAAGCUGGUGAAAUGGCAUCAUCUCCUGCUUCCCGCGGCAGACGGCAGCCCGCUCUGGGGAAAAUGGGCGCGAUCUCACUUUUUUUUCUCCUUCUCUCCUAGACGAUGACUCGAGCGGGUUGCCAUGAGAUAGGUACCUCGUGCAUGAGCAUGAAGUUGGUGGCUCAUUAGUCUAGUGAUCCAUUGUCACUUUGCUUUUGCCUUUCUUCUUUUCUUUUUCUUC